AUGGGAAAUUGCGUAAGGAAAGAUUCCGACAAACAAUGGGGCGGGGAUUACUGGGGAUCUCCAAUAGCGUCACCAGAACAUGCCUUACUUUCGGGCCAACCAUGUCAAGUAGUUCAAAAAAAUGAUCAAGAUUCCUAUAAAAGACCGUCUACCGAGACAAAGAUAAAGAUAAAAAUAACGAAAAAACAGUUGGAGAAAAUAUUGGACAUGAAGGAAAUGCAAGGAUUGACAUUACAACAAGUGUUGGAUCAUUUGAUCAAUGGUCGAGACGACGGAUUUGAAUCGAAUCAACGCUCGUGGAGACCUGCUCUUCAGAGUAUAGCCGAAUGA